AUGCCCCACCCCACUAUUAGGCCCUUGGUGGUCGGGCCCCUGCAGAUUGGCACCCCCGCUGCCAGAGACUCUGAGAGCUGCCUGCAUAGUGACUGCCCUUCACAUCAGCUCUUAGUGGAACAUGGUCGAGUGGUGGUGAAAGAAGACAGUGAUGCUGUGUUACCGUGUUCCCUCAGCACCAAGGAGAACAUCGAGACGAAGAUCUUUGACUGGAAGAAAGACGAUCACAAGGAGGUGUUCCAUUACAACGGAGGAGAUUAUUACGGUCAUGGCAUUACAGGUCAAGACAAACAGUUUGAAGGUCGAGUCUCACAUUUUGAAUACGAGCUGAAGAACGGUAACGCCUCCAUAAAGAUCACAGAGACGAAGGUGUCUGACAGUGGAAACUACACCUGUUUUUUUCCUCGUCUGCAGCCGCCUCAAACGUUCCUCAUUGAGCUGCUGGUUGACUGUAUCUUAAAGGACAGAACGAAGGAGGAGGAGCCAGGUGCAUGUCCAGAGCCAUCGGUCACCUCACUUAAGGAAUCAAAGGACUGGUCUCUGCUGCAGUGUGAAGUUAAAGGAGCUUCUCCUCGACCUGAAGUGGAGUGGAGGAACAGUUCUGGAAACAUCCUUAAUGCUAAAGAACCACAGGUCACAGAAAGAGAAGGCAGCUACGACAUCAUCCUCCACACCACUGUGACCAAGACCGACCACUACAGCUGUGUGCUCACACAGAAUGAGAUCUGUCAUCAGACUUCCUCUAACAUCUCUGUGUACAUCCACGGUGAGAUUCUUCCUUUCAGUGAUUUAUUGUGAAUAUAAUUUAAAACAUACUGUGUUCUGACUGAACUCUGAGUAUUUGAUCUCAAAGCAGUUUAAAAAAAGGAUGAAGUCACGUUGACCCAUCAGGUAAAUGUUUCCACCUGAGAGAAAAAUGUAAAUCUAAACUGUGACUCUGUUUGAUUUAUUACCAUUAAUAGGAGAGAUGAUGAACAGGGACAGGUAAUAAAUAAACUAUCACACAGAAACAAAGUCCCAGCGAGCUGUAGUGAACAUCUGUGUUGUCAUUCUAUCAGCUGAUUGUGCUGAAUAAACACAAAUGAUACAAACAGUCACAGGAUGAAAUGAGGCUGAGAUUAAUUUCAUGUUCAGUCUGAAUCUCUGUUGUUUUAAACAUCAAUGAUUCUAAACUAACACUAAAUGAGAUGUUAAUAAUGUGCUGCUGAAUUCUCAGUGUUACAUUUUCUUAUUGUUAAAGGAUGAUAAACAUUGAGGAGUGCAGCAUUAAACACAUUCUAUCUAAAUGAUAUCUAGUUUAUAUUAAACCAUAAAAAAA